CCUUUCCCACGGCCGAGUCGCUUUCUCUUCACCUGCUCCACGUUUGCUUUGUGCUGUGUGUUAGGCUUGCUGCUUGAGGGUGUCGCAAGUGUUUUUAGUGCUGCGCGAAGGACCGGCUUAUGGCGUCCGAGAACAGCGUGUUCUCCGAUUCCCCUCUAGGUGUAUAUCUUAAAUCUGUUGGUGAUGACAUUGUUAGUGAAAGCGACAAAGAGUGCGCGUCCUCCGCGGACUCGUCUACAUCUUCUCAGUAUGCUCCUUCGCUUCUCACGUCCAUGAGGAAGGUACGCCAGUCGGCGGCCUCGACAACCGCGUCUUCUUCCUCCUCAAUCUCUAGACCUUCUUUCCGAAGUAUCUCCGAAAGGGGUCAGGCUCAUGGUUUCAGAAUGGGAAAACCUGGGCUGCGAACGUUUUCGCUAGGAAACAAACGAGUCAUGCGCAAGCUUAGAUUUCAGUUUCUGUUCUCUACCCCGUUGAAAAAGCGGCUAGGACCCCGCGAGAACUCCCAGUUUCUAGAGCGAUUCAGAUAUAUCCUGGUUACUUCCCAACUGCUCGACGAAAAUCCCUCGGUAGCAGGAUACGGACAGACAGAAAACAGUUCAUCCCAGCCUAAUCCUCAGAACCCAUUUGACAACACUCGGACUAAGAAUCGGCGAUUUGCAGGGAUUGACGGUGCGCAGAAAUACUGGGUCGGCAGCGGCGGUUGCGUCAUUGUUGUUGCGAUGCUGUUUUCGUGGAUGCUGCGAUCGUCCGAUAAACAGGCUGCUAUCGUGGCUGCGAAAUAUAGGGUGGUCAUGGCGCUCAUACUCUUCAUGAUUGUAUUUUUAUUUUUGCAUGCACAUAGUUGGAGGAAACGGUUACGGUCAACGCGUCGGACAGCUGUCAGCUAUGCUUCUCAAUUUGUGAAGAGUAGCCACUCUUUUGAUGCCAACGUGUCAAGGACGAUUGGGAUCGUGCAAGAAAUUGAAUUCAUCUCCAAAGGAUUCAAUCUACCAUCUCUAGCGUCAUCGCCGGCAUCAUACAACACACCAACAUCGGGUCCCUCGAAACGACGAAGAUUUUCAGGAGAGGACAGGAGCUGUAGGAAGCUUCGAAGUCAGAUUGUUUCAGUUCUCGACCUAAGUCUAUCACUGUGUCUGCGAUCUUUCGAGGGUUUAUCGGAGCUAUGUGAUCGUACUGAUCUGGAGAAAUAUUUCGAAAUUUAUGAUCUCAACAAUGCUGUUGCUGAGCAGCUUGAGAACGACAUGCCGUCUCCUAGAGAAUCGGAACCCGUUAUGCAUUUUGGAGAUUUUGAAGACUCGGAUGACGAGGAUGAGUCGAGCCGGAUUGAGUCGCUAUUUCAGCUCAAGCAGAAAUUCAGAAAGCUACAUCACACGCGACGGAAACUGAUAUGCUGCUUUCUGGCGAUGGAUGCGAGCGGGGGCUUGAGUGAUACAAAGAAGUGGAACUCGAUCGUGCAGGAGCUGGGAACGUUGUCUGAGAUGAUUCACCGGCUGUCUGAAGAGCUAGCUGCAUCACUGCUGCACAAGGAUGUACUAGGUAUGGUUGAAUUCUACGCCAAAGCACAGCAAGGUGAUGAAGAGAUCAAAGAAGGGGGAACAGUAAAAUCGGAUAGCGGCAGGAUAAAUCGCCGCUGGUCGCGUUCGUCGGCCGGAGAAUCGAUCACGUCUGAGAGCAGAUGGCGGUCUCACUUGCAGACUCUUAACAGUCUUUCUGCGACAUUGCGGAAUCUCGAAGCUAAGAUGUAUGUCUUGAGAGAAGACUCGUCAGCGCUUGAGCGGCAGGAUGUGCGGUGGUCGCAGCAGCGUGGACGGACUUCGUCUCCCGUCAAGACUGCUUCCAUUGAUGGAUUUUUGGAACGGUCGAAUUCAGACAUGUUUGGAUCACCAUCAGGGCAGCAGUCGGCUCAGGGAAGCUCAAGCCAAUUUCAGUAUGUCGACAACGUUAUUAAGCAGUAUGAGAGUAUUGGGAUGGACAUGAGGACCAUGCUCCGAGAGUGGGAAACUGGUAAAGCCAAACUCUACGAGGCCAUCCAGCCAUUCACGGACCGACGAUCCGGUCUUUUUCAAAAACGCAGCAGCGGAUUAUGGCAGCCGCUGCGUCCGAAUGACGAGCAAGAGUCCACAUCGCCAUCGAUGCAAUCGAUGUCCUCGCCAACGAGCAUGGCAUCUAUAGCCACAUUCGACGGCUCGGUCGCCGCAGAACGCUACCCGCCUUGGUCACCACAGUCAUUCGACGGGGCGAACGGUACCGAUCUAGCUGGGUUCACGCCGCGGGUGCGGAAUCCGGAUAAUGACGACGACGACGACGACGACGACGAUCUGAUACUCGAAACUGAGGGGACGCCGUUGCCGUUGCCGAUGAAAUCAAAGAUGGUGGAUGAGAUCGCGUCGGCGAUGGUGAGACAACAGGACCGGAUUUUGAGAGCACAGCGGAUGAGGGAGAGGGAUGAGGAUGAGGAUGAGGAGUGAUGGCUGACGCAUGUUUUGUGGUCGAUUAGGUGUUUUUACUUCUUGUUACUAUUUGUAUACAGUUUUCUUGCCUAGUACCUUUUAAUUCUGGAGUUUUGCUUGCG